UUUAUCUUGCCUACCCACUUGUUUCUCUCCACAUCUUAUAAACCGUACAAUUCUACUUAUGUUACUCACAAUAUUUUUCAUUAAUUUUUAUUUUUCUCAAGUGGUAUAAAUUAAGAGGGUUAUAUGCCAAACUCAACCAAUUGACCAUCAAAAUAUAUACAUAUAUACAUACAUACAUAUAUAUAUAUAUAUAAGUUCACAAUCUUCUUCUUCCUCUCUAACUUGCUAUUUUUUCUAUCAACGACCGGUUUAUGGCAAUUGCAGCCACCUCAAGUAGUACUACUACAGCUAGUAAUAAUAUGAGUCAAGAGAAUGAGUCUUCCAACAACGUCGUCAACAAGGCCAACGAUGAUGAUGAUGACCAUGAACACGACGUCGUUAUGCCAGGCUUUCGCUUCCACCCUACCGAAGAAGAACUUGUUGAGUUUUACCUUCGCCGUAAGGUUGAGGGCAAGAGAUUCAAUGUUGAGCUCAUUACUUUCUUAGAUCUUUAUCGCUAUGACCCUUGGGAGCUUCCAGCUUUGGCUGCAAUUGGUGAGAAGGAAUGGUUCUUCUAUGUGCCAAGGGACCGAAAAUAUCGAAACGGCGACCGGCCUAACCGGGUCACCACCUCCGGCUAUUGGAAGGCAACUGGAGCUGAUCGAAUGAUCCGAACCGAGAGUUCUCGGUCGAUUGGGUUGAAGAAAACCCUAGUUUUCUACUCCGGGAAGGCUCCUAAAGGCAUCCGAACCAGUUGGAUUAUGAAUGAGUAUCGCUUGCCGCAACAUGAAACUGAAAGAUAUCAGAAGGCAGAGAUAUCCCUUUGCCGUGUGUACAAGAGACCCGGUGUGGAAGAUCACCCUUCUCUUCCUCGCUCUCUUCCAUCUAGAGCGUCGCCUUCGACAAGAGCAGCCCACUUAGUGGACAGAAAGCAGCAGCCCCCCAACGCCAUGGAAAAAAUCCAAGCUUUCAUGGGACAGCCAUUAUCAACACCAGCACUGCCUCAACAAUUUGAGCAAGAAAAUAUGAACGAAACCGACGGAAGCAGCAGUUCGGAUGUUGCUGGAGGAAAUGUUCUUGGAGUCUCUAAACGCAAAGCCAAUUACCGUUCAUUAAUGACUCCACUAAUGAGCGCUACCCUCGAACAGACAGCGGCCGCAGCUUCAUCAAUGGACGAAGCGCAGGCAAUGCUAUCAUCGCAUCUACUGCAGCCGAAGCAAAUCAGUACUUGCCCAGUUGUCCCAAUUACUUGCGCCACACUCUUCCCGGGUUCUUCUUCCUCAGCUGUGGCCGCCAAUUCCAUCGACGACCUUCACAGAUUAGUAAACUACCAGCAGCAGCAGCUACAACAACAGCAAUACUAUCAUCAACAAGAGCAGAAUCCUCACCAGCAGCCUGCCACCAACCAAUUCGGCCAUCCAUUGCAGCUGCCGCCACAGGCUGCGCAGGCACAACUACUGCCAUCGGCUGCCCUUAAUGCGCUGCCUAAUUUCCUUCCAGCUGCCUUCUCUGACCGACUGUGGGAGUGGAACCCUUUCCCGGAGACUAACCGAGACUACUCCAACAACCCCUUCAAGUAAUUAUGAAUCAUGAUCAAUAAUAUUUAUAACUGCACAUACAUUAAUAUACUUAGAGGAACAAAGUAGUACUUAUGUUACUUCUGAUCAUUAAUCAUGAUUUCAUGAUCUAAGUCCCUUUAUAGUACUCUACCAGUUAGUUCUAAUGCAGCGUAGGAUCUUGGAUAUAUAUAAUAUAUAUGUGACGCAUAUAUAUGUAUUGAUAAAUGUUAUUUUGGUCUUAUUAUUUAUUACUAGGUUUUUGUAUUGAGUUAUUGGGAUAUUAUUAGUAAUAUGUGACGCAGUAAAGUUUUUGCUUUUUUGUUA